GAUCUACUAGAGCAACUUCAGGGACUUCUGAGUCCAGGAGUGGAGGAAGGGUUGAGUGAACAAAGAGACUCUGCUCUCAGAAGAAUGGAGAAAUCCUCAUCAUAGGACUGACUUGGAAAAGUUAUGCGGACUAACUCUGGCCAAAGAAGCAUGAAGACUAGUCAACUGGGGAAGGAAGAAAUGGGUUUCCAUGGAGCUGUGGAUGGUGUUCAUCUCAGGACUUCAAGGAAGUGGAGCUAUUUGAGAAGACUGGUGAGAUGAGCCUGAGACUGAAAUAUUUGAUUCUGCAAGUUGGUGAACAGCAGCUUCUGGAGUGAGCCUCUCAAGUCUCUGCCGACCAAUGGAGACCACGCUAGAUGCUGUCUGCAGUUGGGGUGAGAAGAAAGCAGAGGCAGCAGGUGUGGUCCAGCAGAGUUCCCAGGAAGAUUUCCGAGGCAUGGAGCUGCCAGCGGGUUUGAAAGCAAGUGAAGUGAAUGUGAAGGUGCCACAGCACGACUAAGGUCCACGGACACCCACCAACCAGCUCCUCUCUGGCAGAAUCUUUAGAUUGCUGUGUAAUAUGCUGCCUUUGCAAGAGGACAAGAAACUAGUACCCAAAAGACGUGUUCUUCAGCACUGGGACUAGACCUGUUCUCAAGACAAUGGCUUCAAAGGUCUCCUGCCUAUAUGUUUUGACCGUUGUGUGCUGGGCCAGCGCUCUCUGGUACUUGAGCGUAACACGACCUACUUCGUCCUACACUGGCUCAAAGCCAUUCAGUCACCUAACAGUUGCUAGGAAAAAUUUCACAUUUGGCAACAUAAGAACUCGACCUAUAAACCCACAUUCUUUUGAAUUUCUUAUAAAUGAGCCCAACAAAUGUGAGAAAAACAUUCCUUUCCUUGUGAUCCUCAUUAGCACCACUCACAAGGAAUUUGAUGCCCGCCAGGCAAUCCGGGAGACCUGGGGGGAUGAGAACAACUUCAAAGGGAUCAAGAUAGCCACACUUUUCCUCCUGGGCAAAAAUGCUGAUCCUGUUCUGAACCAGAUGGUGGAGCAAGAGAGCCAGAUCUUCCAUGACAUCAUAGUGGAGGACUUCAUUGACUCCUAUCACAACCUCACCCUCAAAACUUUAAUGGGGAUGAGAUGGGUUGCCACUUUCUGUUCAAAAGCCAAGUAUGUUAUGAAAACAGACAGUGACAUUUUUGUGAACAUGGACAACCUUAUUUAUAAACUCCUGAAACCAUCUACCAAGCCAAGAAGAAGGUAUUUUACUGGUUAUGUCAUCAAUGGCGGGCCGAUCCGGGAUGUCCGCAGUAAGUGGUAUAUGCCUAGGGAUUUGUACCCUGACAGCAACUACCCACCAUUCUGUUCAGGAACUGGCUAUAUCUUUUCUGCUGAUGUGGCUGAACUCAUUUACAAGACCUCGCUCCAUACCAGGCUGCUUCACCUUGAAGAUGUGUAUGUGGGACUGUGUCUUCGAAAGCUAGGCAUACAUCCUUUCCAGAAUAGUGGCUUCAAUCACUGGAAAAUGGCCUACAGUUUGUGUAGGUACCGCCGUGUCAUCACUGUCCAUCAGAUCUCUCCAGAAGAAAUGCACAGAAUCUGGAAUGACAUGUCAAGCAAGAAGCAUCUCAGAUGUUAGGGUUUUUAUCACUGUAAAUAAGUUUCUUUUCUAAGAAAUGGGGACUAAUGUGUUGGCAUUUUACAGGUGUCACCAAGGGAAAAUGAACUGGUAAGGGGUUUUGUAAAGUUUUUGCUUCCUGAUCCUAGUUCCUUUCUUGGAUCACUAAUUUACAAGUAUUGGGCUCAGUCAUAGAAACAGUGAGUUAGAAGGGACAGAUUUCAUUCUCAGGUCCUAAGACAUUGCCAUUUGUUUCCAAGAGUGACUCUAAUAACUGCUAGAAUUUAUGCACUGUGCCUCUGAGAUCGAAAUCUGGGUCAGGAAAUGGGAACUCACCCUAAGGUCUUCAUAUCAUCACCACAAAAAUACAUAGUAACUCUUAAUAAAAAAAAGAAGUCAAAAGACAUAUAGUCAGGAAGACACACCAGAUGUGAUUUUUAAUGCUGUGUGUUAUUGUCACAUUGGAUUUUUACACAUAUUGCCGUGGAAUGUGUAUAGAAUUUGUGAUUCUAUCAAUAAUUGAUUUUACCCCUGGUAGGGAGACUGUGAUGAAAUAGAUUGGGAAUUGAAACUUGAGAAUCAAUUAUUCUGUAUGUAUAGAAAACACCUAGGCUUAUACUUCUGAGGAUUAAAUCUAGUCAACAGGUGGGAUGUACAUAAAAUGCUAUUUUAAGUAAACAAACAAUCUUUUUUCCUUUUCAGAACAAAUAUUACAUGGUGCCACCAAGGAGACUGCCAAACAUAAUACUGUCACCUGUUUCCGUCCAUGCAAUGCCUUUAAGUGAAUUUUCCGGUUUUGGAUCAGGCAGGUGGAUGUCUCCAUGUAUAGAAAACAAGUUGGUAGGAGGCUCAGAAACAAUACAUAGCAAUUGAUUAAAUGCAAAUUUAGUAUAUAUUCUAAUUAGCAUAAGCUUAGCAAUAGUGUACAAUGCCCCUCUGACUUAUUUGCAAAGCAUGUGGGAAAAUCUUUAACAGGUAACAGUGUUAUUGAAAGAUGUGGCCCGGCUACCAACAAACAUUAUAUUCUCAUGACAUCUAAAACAUUUAAGUACUUAUAGGGGCAAAGCUGUUUCGAGAUGUUCUGGAGGUUCUGUGGCUGAGAUCCAAGGGAAGGAAGAACGGGGAAGCCUGAUUUCAGAUCCCAUUGAUGCCACAAAUUAGAUGGACCAUAUGAAUGGGCAUCUCAUUUUUGAUGUGCUUCUGUAUGCUCACUUGUAAAAUGGCUAAAAAGAAAAAUCUACCUCACAGAUACUGUGAGAGCAAAUCACAUUUGCUAAUAAGUAUUUUGAGGUCUUUAGUUUAAAAGGUGCUACGUAAUGCCAUGUAUCAUGCAUUAUGCUAAAUGCUAAAACGAUUACAGUAAUUAUAAAGAUAGCCAUCAGUUAUGGUAACAUCAUCGUAAUAUAACAAUUUACAAAAUAAAGAUUGACUGUGAACUAUAUCAGUGUACCUAAUUCUUCCAAGACUUUGAUGUUUCCUUGGCUAUAAGUUAGUUGAUUGUGGAAGCUUCAAUUUCUCUGCCAUGUCUUGGUUUUGGUGGCAAAUCUGUCACUCCGGUGUGUUGCCUUGGUAUCCCAGGAUGUUGAAAAGCAUUUGCUUUGCUUUGGGAAGGAGCUUUGCAUAUGCUUUGCAAAAUGUAUCCUCACAACUUAAAUCAUAGGAAACGUUUGCCCAGCAUUCUUAAAACUCUUUAGGACAACUGGAGCUAAUCUACUCCACAAAGAGGAAGAAGCAGUCAGCACACCCAUUCAUUAGGGAACUCACUGUUGUCAUGCAAAGCCCCACACCUGAAAGCAGUCUUUUAUCUAUUUUAUUUGCACCUUGAUGGUUGGAAUACCCCCCAUAGAAGCUAAUAGGGAUCCCACUAGGGAGACAUAAGGAAGAAAUGGAGUCCCAUAGUCACAUUGUCUUACUAGCCCCUAAGUACUAAAUGACACAGGAUUUCCCAUCCUUUAAUAUGAGUUUGAUUACUGCACAGUGUCAAGUGUUCUGGGAGGACAUGAAGCAGGACAAGGUUAGCCAACCUCCCAUCAUCCAGCCUCAACUGUCAUUGAACUCCAGUCAAUGGGAAAGCCUCAUUUGUUCCCAGUUGCAUAGCUGAAUGCAGUCUCUGUCUCCUACGAUGGCCUUGCACCUACUCCAUGCUCAGCCAAGCCACUUUUCAUGUCAAAGAAUCUCACAUUAUAAUAAUCAUGACUGUACAUCUAUGAAUGUUUUAUAUGUAUGUGUGGAAUAUGCAUAGAGCCCUAAUCUUGAAAAGGAGCAAAAAUCAGAAAAUCACGUCUUAAAGAACUAUUUCUUCACUUUUUUAUGCUACAUAGUGCCCGUAUGACAAACAUGUAAAUGGACAUCAAUGAUUACAUGUACAUAAUUUAAAGGAGCUCUUUUCUUCUCUUCGAUUGUAGGAACAGCUAGAAUCUGCUUGAUGUGUAACAUUUUCCUCUGCAUGGAACUUGGUGAGGCAAGGCCAUUUGUCCAGUAUUUCAAUAGCCUUAAGCAUGUUUGCCUUUGGUUUUUUUGUUUUGUUUUGUUUUUGUUUUUUGCUUUUUUUUUUUUUUUGGAUGUUCAAAAAAAUGUUUAACUUGUCAAGGAAAAGCUCUAAUUUUCUGCUUUUGUUAGUUCUAUUACAAGAAACUGGUCAGAUUACUGUCAUGGUUAUUUAUUAAACCAUUCUUACCAUUUCUUUAAGAAAAAAUCGUAAUAAUGGCAGUAUUCUGGGGCUGGGGGUGGAACCCAGUGGUAAAGUACUUGCCUAGCAUACAAAGGGCUCCAGGUUCAGUCCUCAGCACUGCAGUGAUGAAGUCAAAAUAGUGAUGGCUCUAGUGGACUAAAAGUCACUCAAAAAAAAUUUUUUUUCCCAAACACUGUCUGACUCCCCUUUAUUUCUUCAUUAUGUACUGGAUAACAUCAGUGUCUAUAAUCUUAGAGUUUCUUCAUUUAUUUCUUAGAGGAAAAAAAAUGUUUUCUCUUUGGUGCCUCGUUUAUGUGGCUUUGUGUCUUCUUGGAGCAGUUUCAAUAUACAACAAUGUAACAAUGUACUUUCAAAUAACCAGAUUCAAAACAUGAAGAUCACUUUUGAUAUGAAUUAAAUGUGGACAAACAAAACCCCUUAUGUGAUAAGAUAUGGGGGGAAAUACAUUCUUUACAGAGAAGCCAAGGAAGGAGUUUUUUCAAUCAAAUUUCUUCUAACAAAAGACAAUGGAAUAUUUAUGUACAGUAUCUGGAAUUCAUUUUCUACCUUUCCUAAUAUGUGGGUUCAGUACGGGAAUUGAUUGUAUCAUUUCUGUAAAGGUGAAGAAAUGUUUUAUAAGCAACAGGUAACUUGUGAAUGAAAGAAAUAAUUUACUAGAAACGCUUGAUGAUAAUUGACAUUUAGGUAUAUUGUUAUAUAUGAAUGAUUGUAUUUAUGUAUUUAUUUGUUCAAAAUUGUACAUAUGGUUUUGCCAAAAGUAACUGUGUUAAAGUGCACUCUCUGGGUUUGUAGUACUAUUUAGGGUUAUAUGGGUUGCCAAUCAAGCUGCUAAUCAGAAUACUAUUUUUUUGUAUCAGUGUUACAACAUGUGACAAAUAGAAGAAGCUGUCUUUUCAUCACUUUCCUUAUCUUCCUCUUGAAAUGUAAACUGUUGGUUGAAAGCACGAUGCUAAUGUACAGGCCCAUCUGUUAAGGGGAAGGUCACGGUUUCAUAAAGCUGAUUUUUUUAAUUCCUGGGACAAAUAAACAAAAGAAGAACUCA